GCAACUUAACUACAUGUGCAUAAAAAACGAAUCAUUUUAAUGUUACCCAAAUAUAAAGCACUCGGGCUAUUUCCUGUCGAUUUUACUCGCUCAUUGACUCUCGUAUGAAAAUGUGGUUCCUUAUCGUAACCGCUUUGGUCGUCGCUUCUACAGCUCUAGAAGAAGAAGAUUAUUGUGACAACAGUCCUUAUGCAUUAUGUGACCCUGGUGAAGGUUUCAAAAAGUUUCCAGAAAGUGAGGAGGAGUUCGACGAGAUAUGUCCUAUUGUAUUGGGACAGUUCCGCUGUAUGCAAGAAUAUGCAUCAAAAUGUGAUUCAAGCAGGCUUCAAAGGCAUACUCGAUUUCUCGAGGCUCUGCAAGAAGUCUGCCGCAAAGACUCCAGGCUUCAUGAAACUAUUGCAAAGAAUAUAGGAUGCAUCAAAGAAAGCGUGAUAAAAGAAUGUUCAGAAAAAAUAAGAAAAGUGCGUCAAGCUUACGUUGAUUCCCUAAACGUAACAGGUCAAGUGGACUGGAUGAAACUUUUGUGCAUGAGCGACGCUUACUCACUUACUUGUGCCAGUGAUGCUGUUUUAGCACCAUGUGGCAGUACGGUCAAGACUGCCAUUCUAGAAAUGGCCCAACGUGCUGAUUAUCUCGGAAGGGAGAAUAAGUGCCCCAGAAGUAUGAGAGAAGAGCUUAUUAAAGAUAUCCCAGCUAUGGAAAUCAGCAUUGCAGAAAAACUGCGACUCGAAGAAAUACUGUUGGAGAUCUGAAAGAUCAACUGGACGAAACACAUACAGGAAGAAACCCGUUUCGAGUACAUUAAAUAAUAUUUGAGUGCAAAAUGGGUGUAGCAUUGAAUAUGUUUUGUACGUACUUUUGAUUGCCUGCACACUAAAUAGUUCUUCCUAUUUUAAUAAAGCAAGAAUGUCUUCUAAAUUA